AUGUACCGUGCCCCGACCGACCGUGAGAUUUUGGGUUCAAAUCUUACGUUAUGUGAGACGGUCUGGGUUCAAAUCUUACGUUAUCCGGUGAAGGAGGGACCAAGGAUUGCGGAGCAAGGUGAGUCAGUUGGUGCCGUUACGAAAAGAGUGGAAACAGUUGCGCAGAGAGUGGAACCAACUCGGAGUUACACAGAUGAGGCUUAUGAGCUAUAUGGGGAUUUGGGGUUGGACUUGGCGACGGGUAUUGUGCCUUCGACUUUGGGCCUAGGAGGAAUAGGUCAGACUCAUGCUGUUAAUGGGCUGAAUAAAAUGAAUAAUAUGGGUUCUGCUUUGGGUAGUGAGAUUCCUUGGAUUGGGCAAUUCAAGUCGGGCCUAGGAGAUAUAACUGCUGGUUUGGAUAAUUCGGUGCCUAAGGAAGGGGUUUUAUCAGCACAGAAUUUAGCAUUGCUGCAGAAUGACCAGGUUAGGCAAUUAUUAGCUGAUUUAGCUGUUGCCUCUCCCUCUUUUGUUUUUGGGGCAACUACUUCUACUUCUUCUCCUUCUCGUCGUGUAAGGAAAUGGAAAAAGGCUGCACGUGCUUCCCAGUCCACCUCUCUUAAUCUGGUUGCUGGUCAGAGUAAUGUUAAGGAGGGGCGAAAGAGGCUGCCUGGCAGUAGUAUUUUAAUGCCAAAUACCAGUGGCUUGGUUAAGCGGUCCCGUGAGCAUGCUAUGGAGGUUGAUUCGACGCACUCAACAGGUCAGGACGUAGAGGGGUUGGCGCCUUAUUCAGCUGACAACAGUGGAAAGGAUGCUGCAGCGAAGCAGGAAGAUGUGGUUAGUGGUUAUGAUUAUUGUUUUGCUGUGGAUUGUAAUGGCCGAUCUGGUGGAUUGGCUUUUUUAUGGAUGGCUGAUAAUAAUGUUUCGCUUUUGUCUUAUUCUUUUUUCCAUAUUGAUGUUUGUAUUGGUAGUAGUGAUAUUGAUAAAUGGUGUUUUAAGCGUCAUGAAUCCUGGGCUCUUCUUCGUUCGUUAUGUGAUAGGUCCUCUCUUCCUUGGCUAUGUGCUGGGGAUUUCAAUGAAAUAAUUUCCAAUGCAGAGAAGGAGGGUGGAGCUUUGAGAUCUAGUCAUCAAAUCGAUUUGUUUAAGUCUGUAGUUGAUUACUGUGGUUUCCAUGAGUUGCUUGUAGUAGGCCCUUUGAUGACUUGGCAUUAUUUUGGCAAUUUGCAGCAUAAUAUAACCUAUAAGAAGAAGGAGUAUGAAUUGCUUUAUUCAGAUUGUGGUGCGGGUAAUAUGGUGCAAUUUGAAAAAUGUAGAUUGGAGUUGGAUGAGUUACGUAGGGAGGAGUUGCUUUGGCGGCAACGUUCCAAGGCCUUACGGCUAAAGGAAGGUGAUAGCAACACCAAGGGGAUUCAACACAUUAUAUCUGAUUAUUUUAAGGGUAUUUUCAAGUCGGCGAAUCCGAGCAAUGAAUCAAUUCAGAAGGUGCUUUCUUCAAUGAAUAGUCGGUUGAAUAUUGAUAUGAGAUCUAGAUUGGAUGCUCCUUUUACGGCAAAUGAGGUUAAAGAGGCGGCUUUUCAGAUGUCGAGUUCAAAGGCGCCGGGUCCAGAUGGUUUUUCUCCGGGUUUCUAUCAAAGAUGUUGGCACAUAGUGGGAGCUGGUGUUACAUGUUUUGUGCUGGAUUUUCUUAAUAAUGGUAAGCCUUUCCCGGAUAUAAAUCACACCAACAUAGUACUAGUUCCAAAAUUAAAACAACCUAGGUUGGCUUCUGAUUUUAGGCCCAUUAGUUUAUGUAAUGUGAUUUUUAAAAUUCUAUCCAAGGUACUAGCUAAUCGUUUGAAAGAAAUCCUACCAUCUAUAAUUGGAGAAACACAUAGUGCUUUUGUACUAGAUCGAAUGAUUUAUGAUAAUGCAAUGAUUGCUUUUAAAACUAUGCAUUUCAUGAGAAAUAAAAGAACUGGACGGCAGGCUCAUAUGGCUCUUAAGUUAGAUCUUAGUAAAGCCUACGAUAGAGCCGAAUGGUCUUUUUUGGAGGAAAUAAUGCGAGCCAUGGGUUUUCCAACAAAAUGGGUUUCCUUGGUUAUGAAGUGUGUUCAGUCAGUUUCUUAUUCUGUGAUAGUAAAUGAUGAGCAAUGCCAACGUUUUAUUCCAUCUAGAGGAUUAUGUCAAGAUGAUCCUUUGUCUCCUUAUCUGUUCUUGCUGUGUAUGGGGGUCUUCUCUAACAUGAUUGAAUCAGCUAAUGAGACAGGUUUGCUUCAUGGUAUAGCGGUGUCAAAAACAGCUCCACGUGUGUCACAUUUAUUUUUUGCCGAUGAUAUUUUUUUAUUCUUGCGAGCUAACAUGAUCGAAUGUCAAGCGGUUUUGUCUUUAUUGAAAGAUUUUGAGAGUACCUGUCGAAACGUUCGGGUCCGGGGAACCCUGUCGAAACGACUUUGGAAAAAGAGGAGUCGCCACUAA